AUGCCGGAACAACUCAUUCUCUUCGACAUCCCUGACAAGAAUGGCGUUACUUGGUCACUAAACCCAUGGAAAGCCCGUUUGGCUCUGAACUACAAGGGCAUUGACUACAAGACGGAAUGGCUCGAGUAUCCCGACAUCGAGCCCAGACUGAAGCCGACCGGCCUCGAAGGCGACCCUGAGCAGAUCAAGCCGUACACCUGCCCUGCGGUGCAGUUCCCCGACGGGACGUAUGUCAUGAACAGCAAGAAAAUCAUCAAGCGUCUCGAAGAAGAAUACCCCGAGAAGCCUUUGAACGCUGAUUCGGAGCUGACCCAGGCGGUGCUGGACGUCGCGUCGCCGCUCUUUGAUGCUUUGGCCCCAAUGCUUCUGCAUGCCGUCCAGAGCAAGCUUCUCAGUGAGCGCAGUGCGAAGUACUUCUGGGACACACGCAAGGAAUUCCUCAACAUGACGCUUCCCGAGUUCGAAGAGAAGUACGGUGGCGAGAAGGCCUGGGAAAGGGCCAAGAAGCCGCUGGAUGAAUCUGCUGCGCUGUUGAACAAGACUGAGGGACCUUUUUUCCACGGCCAAGACGUAUCUUAUGCCGACUUUAUCUUUGUUGGUUUCUUAGACUUCGCCAAGAAGUGUGACGAGGACAUCUACGCACGCAUCAUCCAGGCCUCAAACUCUUUCGACGUGCUUUACAAGGCCUGCGGUCCGUGGUUGAAGCGACGGGAUUCUUGA